CCCCUCCCCUUCCCUUCCCCUCCCCUUCCCCCGGUCUUCCCCCGCCAUGCCGGAGAAGCGUCCCUUCGAGCGGCUGCCCGCCGACGUGUCCCCCCUCAACUAUGGACUCUGCCUCAAGCCCGACCUCAUCGACUUCACCUUCGAGGGCAAGCUGGAGGCCGCCGUGCAGGUGAAAAAUGCAACCAACCAAAUUGUGAUGAACUGUGCGGACAUUGACAUUAUCACAGCUUCCUAUGCGCCGGAAGGAGAUGAAGAGGUACAUGCCACAGGGUUCAACUAUCAAAACGAGGACGAAAAGGUUACUCUUUCCUUUCCCAGUACUCUUCAGAAAGGGACAGGGACACUAAAGAUAGACUUUGUAGGGGAGCUGAAUGAUAAAAUGAAAGGGUUUUACCGAAGUAAAUACACCACCCCUACUGGAGACACACGCUAUGCUGCUGUCACUCAGUUUGAGGCUACUGAUGCUCGCAGAGCUUUCCCUUGCUGGGAUGAGCCUGCCAUUAAAGCCACAUUUGAUAUUUCUUUGGUGGUUCCUAAAGACAGAGUAGCUUUGUCCAAUAUGAAUGUUGUUGACAGGAAGCCGUACCCGGACGAUGAGAACCUGGUGGAAGUGAAGUUUGCCCGUACCCCGAUAAUGUCCACCUAUCUUGUAGCCUUUGUGGUGGGAGAAUAUGACUUCGUAGAGGCCAGGUCCCUGGAUGGUGUCUUAGUGCGUGUUUACACUCCUGUGGGCAAAGCAGAACAAGGAAAGUUUGCAUUAGAGGUUGCUGCUAAAACUCUGCCUUUUUAUAAGGACUACUUCAAUGUUCCUUACCCUCUUCCUAAAAUUGAUCUCAUAGCUAUUGCAGACUUUGCUGCUGGUGCCAUGGAGAACUGGGGCCUUGUUACUUAUAGGGAGACUGCAUUGCUCAUUGACCCCAAAAAUUCCUGUUCUUCAUCUCGCCAGUGGGUUGCUCUGGUUGUAGGACAUGAACUUGCUCAUCAGUGGUUUGGAAACCUUGUGACCAUGGAAUGGUGGACCCACCUGUGGCUGAAUGAAGGAUUUGCCUCGUGGAUUGAGUACCUGUGUGUAGAUCACUGUUUCCCCGAGUAUGAUAUCUGGACUCAGUUUGUUUCUGCUGAUUACACCCGUGCUCAAGAGCUUGAUGCCUUAGACAACAGUCAUCCCAUUGAAGUUAGUGUUGGCCAUCCCUCCGAAGUAGAUGAAAUAUUCGAUGCUAUUUCUUACAGCAAGGGAGCAUCUGUAAUCCGAAUGCUACACGACUACAUUGGUGAUGAGGACUUUCGGAAAGGAAUGAAUCUGUAUUUAAAGAAGUUCCAGCAGAAGAAUGCAGCUACAGAGGAUCUCUGGGAAAGCCUGGAAGAAGUUAGUGGGAAACCUAUUGCUGCCGUGAUGAACACAUGGACCAAACAAAUGGGAUUUCCACUCAUUUAUGUGGAAGCUGAACAGCAAGAAGAUGACAAAGUGCUGAAGUUAGUCCAGAAGAAAUUCUGUGCCAGUGGACCAUAUACUGGGGAGGAUUUGCCCAUGUGGAUGGUCCCCAUAAGUAUUUGUACAAGUGAUGACCCCACCUGUGCCAAAAUGCAAAUACUGAUGGACAAACCAGAGCUCACCUUGGUUUUGAAAGACACCAAACCAGACCAGUGGGUGAAGUUAAACCUUGGAACAGUUGGGUUUUACCGUACCCAGUAUAGCCCUGACAUGCUGGAGAGUUUAAUACCAGCCAUCAAAGACCUCUCCCUACCCCCUGUGGACAGGCUUGGCCUGCAGAAUGAUCUUUUCUCUCUGGCCCGAGCUGGAAUCAUUAGCACUGUAGAGGUUCUAAAAGUCAUGGAAGCUUUUGUGAAUGAGCCCAAUUAUACUGUGUGGAGCGACCUCAGCUGUAACCUGGAGAUUCUCUCAACACUCUUGUCCCACACAGACUUCUAUGAGGAAAUCCAGGUGUUCGUGAAAGAUGUCUUUUCACCAAUAGGGGAGAGACUGGGAUGGGACCCCAAACCUGGAGAGGGUCAUCUAGAUGCACUUCUGAGAGGGCUGGUCUUGGGCAAACUAGGAAAAGCUGGGCACAAGGCGACAUUAGAAGAAGCCCGACGCCGAUUUAAGGACCACGUGGAAGGAAAGCAUGUGCUGUCAGCUGAUCUGAGGAGUCCUGUAUAUCUAACUAUUUUGAAGCAUGGAGAUAGUACUACUUUAGACACUAUGCUGAAGCUUCACAAGCAAGCAGACAUGCAGGAGGAGAAGAACCGAAUCGAACGCGUUCUUGGAGCCAUCUCUCAACCAGAACUGAUUCAAAAAGUUCUCACCUUUGCACUUUCAGAAGAGGUACGUCCCCAGGACACGGUAUCUGUUAUUGGUGGAGUAGCUGGAGGCAGCAAGCAGGGGAGGAAAGCUGCUUGGAAAUUUGUAAGGGACAAUUGGGAGGAACUUUAUAAUCGAUACCAAGGUGGAUUCUUAAUAUCCAGACUAAUAAAGCUAACAGUGGAUGGAUUUGCAAAUGAUAAAAUGGCUGCAGAAGUUAAGGCCUUCUUUGAGAGUCACCCAGCCCCUUCGGCAGAGCGCACGGUGCAGCAGUGCUGCGAGAACAUCCUGCUCAACGCAGCUUGGCUCAAGAGGGACGCCGACAACAUCCACCAGUACUUCCUGCAGCGCAAGGCCCCACCAGCCAUGGUGUGAAGCUGUGCAUGCCCCUGCUGCAGUCCUGCUGCCGCCUCAUGGGGAGAGGGAGGAGCGACCCCAACACCUGAUUCGUAUGCCAAGAAUUUGGAGUCUUUUUUUUCUCAAGCCAGUGGGGAUUGGACAAUGAAUGUAGUUUAACUGGUUCCUGCUCACACUCCAGAUUGAAAUCCUAGUCAAAUUCUCAGCAAUUCAGCAAAAAACCAACCACACACAAAAAAAAAAAAGAAAGGAAAAAAAAGAGAGAGAGAAAAACGUGUAAAUAUGAUAGUAAUAAACUAGAGCAUAACAAAACUGUGAAACUUCCUCCAGCCUUGUCAGUGGUUCAACUAUUUAACACCCCCCUCCUGCCACUUCUUGACAGAUGUUCUGGUUUUUACAGCCUCCCCUCCC